ACUCACUCACACACACACGUCUCACCGAGCUCCCACUGACGAUGACUGCGAAAAACCGACACAAGUCCAGCGAGAAGAGCGUCGCAUCCAGCCAAGAAGAUGCGCCAAAGAAAAGCCCAAAGAGCAGCAGCAGCAGCAGUAACGGGCUGAGUGGCCCCGGAUCUCAGGGGCCACGCUCAGGAAGCUGCCUCGGGCUUCUUGUGACAACAGUGUUUUAUAUCGCGUUGAUAGGCGCUGCAGGCUUUGCUGCUUUUUAUUUACAGCAAGUUGUGGAGGAGAUCCGGCAGGCAAACGCAAAACAUGAGGAGAGCGCACAGCAGAGCGCAGAGCUGAGCAGCAAAAUGGAGAGUGUCGUUCAACAGGUGGAGUCUCUGAGGAGUGUUGUGGAUGGACUGGAGUCAUCACUGGGCAUCACACGGGUGGAGCUGGAGGGAGCCGUCAGCCGGAUGAAGAGGGGCGAAGUGGAGACCAGGAGGGUGGAGGAGGCCCUUCAGAAGCUCCAGAACGAUCUACUCAGGGACCUCUCAGUGGGCAUCAACGAGGUGAAGGAGGCUCGAGAGAGGGACUUCUCCUCUCUGGAGAAGACCGUGGAGGAGCGUCUGGCUGAGGUGAGUCAGUCCAUCAAAGCCAGCGUGGCGGAGUUCACCGAAGCUCAGGGCGAGGCGCAGAGCCAGCUGGCUGACCUUAAAGCCCGGCUGGGUGACAUGGAAGACCCUGUCCUCAUCAAACAAGAGCUGUCUGCCAUCGUUAAUGCUGUAGCUGAAAUCAAGACAGCCAAAGAGGGAGCUGACGCCUCAGCUGAUUCACUCAGAGAGCAGAUCGGUGCAGUGAGGGAAGAGCUCCAGACUCGCAACCGCGAAGUGGCUUCACUGUCUCAGGAGGUAGAAACAGUGAGGUCAGUGGUGCAGGAGACCGCUGGCAGUCUGAGGCAGUCAGUGUCUGCAGCAGAGGCAGAAGUUCAGGUGCUAAAAGACAAAACUGUGACACUGGAGAGCGGCGUGGAGCAGCUCACUGACGCUGUUCGUAAUGUGGAGAAGCGGGCGAAUGAAGCAGCUGAUCAGGCGCAAAAAAGAUCCGAAGACCUAGAAGCCAGAGUUAAAGCAUCAGAGGAGAGCGGAGACUCGCUGUCCGCAUCCGUGUCAGACAUCACCUCCAAAGUAGACUCACUAUUUGCCAAAUACGACACACAUGAGAGUGAACUGGCUGCCCAGGGGGAGGCUGCGAACAGAGCCAAGGGUGGUUUAGUGCAGGAGCUGGAGGCAGUGAAAAGCAGAGUGGAGGAGCUCCAGUCCAACAUGGCCGCUGUGAACGGCAAGCAAGCUGCAGAGGACUCCAACCAGGUGGAGGAGCUGCAGAAGAGGCUCGCCGCUCUGGAGGACAGCAGCGGCAGGAUGAAGCCAGAGCAGCUAGAGAGUUUGAGCAACAUGGUAGCAGGAUUGGAAAGCAAAGCAGCCAAGCUGGAAGGCCACGAUCAGGCUAUCGCUGCCCUCCAGGAGGCGCUGCAGAAGACCACGCAGACACUCGCUGGUUUAGCCAAAGCCCCCGGCAAGAAGAAGUAGGAUCACACCAGGGUACUGAAACAUCCAACACCAGGGACGAUACUGAAUCCAAACGGGUGACUGCAACCCACUUUUCUUAUUCUCUAGAAGAAGAAUUUCUCAAACUUGAUGGUUGAUGUCAUGAUGUUGCACACUUUGGUAGAAAACAAGCAAACAGGAGGAAAACUGAAGCGAGAGCUGGACUGCUGAUCUGUGAAUUCAAACCCACACUCAUUCUGCACUGUAGUUUUAUUUUCUAAUAUUUUUAAUGUUUUUGUUUUUCUGUGCCAGGGCUGUUUUUUUGAACCUCUAAAUGCAAUAAUAAGCUCUUUUUGAGCACUCCUUUGUUUACUCACUCACAUGAUGUUUUUUUUUUUUUUUUACAAGAAUAAAAAAAAAUCUUGUUGACUCGAA